AUGAAUCUGGGAAGAGUGGAGAUUCCACCAGAUCUUGCUCAGGACGUGUGGGCGGUGGGAAAGCUGCUCUACCGUGGUGAUUUUCAGGUACGUUCCCUGAGAAGUGUGCUGCAGAAAUUGUGGGGAUCAUCUCAUCACGUGGAUAUCAGAGAAGUUGCACAGAACCUUUUCCUCUUCCGCUUUCAUAACACCAGAGAACGCAACUUCGCUGUUAGAGGUGGGCCUUGGCUUUUCAACAGAUUCAAUGUGGUGCUUCAACCCUUCCGGGUGCAUGAAAUUCCCUCUCAAGUACCAUUGGAUAGGGCACCAUAUUGGGUUCAGGUCCACAACCUGCCAGUUUGGCUCCGUAAACCGGCUAUAGCAAGGACUCUCGCGCAGGGUUUUGCUGGUUUCUUGGAUUGGGACCGCUCGGAUGCCAACCGUUUUGGUGAUUAUUUCAGAAUGAGGGUGUGGGUGAAUGUCACAAUCCCUCUCCGUCGAGGCCAGGAGUUGGCGACGGAGGGCAGCCAGCCUUUCCAGGUGCAAUUCAAAUAUGAAAAAUUACGUAACUACUGUUAUAGGUGUGGUCUCCUGGAUCAUGUUACACGUGAAUGUGAGCUUCCUCCACUGGAAGAUGAAACAGAAGCAAAUCUCCCUUACGGACCUUGGCUCCGUGCGUGGGAUGGAAACUACGAGGAACGUCGAGUGCGACCUGCGGAAGACCGCCAUGAGCGUGAUGACCGUGCGCGAGUUAACAGGGGGAAAGGACCACAGGCACCAGAUUCUGAAUCGGGAACAAAUGGUGACAUUGACGUUGAUGCUGAACUUAAGAAGCUAGCGGAAGAAUAA